AUGUUAAAGUACAAUGCCACCAAACACUUUAUCGACGCGUACAACACUGUCGCCCACAUCUAUCCGUUCAACUGCACAUUGUUGGCAUCGGCCGCACAGUAUAACAAUGCCAUCGCAUUCAAACAUAUAUACAACGUCAAUGACAAAGUGUCAAUGUUCCGCGGCUCGGGCAACCAACUACUGCCAGGAAUCUGUCGACAUGGCAGUGUGGACAUGCUCCAGCUCUAUCUAACCGCCACGGCUCACCACCCGCUGCCCGUCCGCACCAUCCAGUUCCUCCCCUCGGUCAUCGACACGAACAACGUGGAGUUUAUGCGCCUCCUGCUCGAGAACCUGGCCACAUUCGGCGGCUACAUAUCCUUUGUACAUAACGAUAAUGCUGAGAACAAGCCUCGUAGUCAGGGCAUCAGCGUCGCAAUGCUUCGCCUGCUGCAUGAAGAGUUCAACUGCCUGUUUACCGUGGACAGGUUGUGGAUCUUUGUAUUGAUGCGCUGUAUUCAAAGCAACGCGCUCGACUGUGUACAGUACAUGAUCGACCACGUGCCAGACCCAGCACUGAUCGUGGAGGCCGAGCAGCAAGAGUGCAGAGGACUCAAGGAUUGCAUGAAGCAAUGUGGAGCCUCGGGCAACAUUGAGAUAUUCGAACUUCUCAGCCGGUCGAGCAUUGGCGUUCAGUUGCUCAACAAGAUUGCCUUGCGAGAGGUGACACUCAGGUCCAUAUUCACCGCCGCGGCGGACCAUUCACAAGAAGCAGUCAUCAAACAAUUGUGCAAGCUUCAGGAUAGCAAUGGCGUCAACUUGGUCGAAAAUGUAGAGCAGAUGCUGUCCUCGUUCAUUGACGUGGGGAAGGACAGUCUGAAAUUGACUACAAUGGCCGCCAUUCGAAAGGGUGAUAUAUUGGGCGCCGAGUCACUUAUCUCUCAACAUGGCGUACUGGACCUGGAUAUCUGUCGAGAAAUGUCUGCAGAGAUGGCCACGCACUUGUUCAGACCGCGCCAGACUCCAUUGGUGUUUGUCGAGCACUCGCUGAUUCAUUUGGUCCGCUCAGUCGGCAAGACAGGCAGCAGCAUCAUAGCUGAACACGUCUGCAUGUUCCUCGACAAUUGUGGUGUUCAGGAUCCACACAGUGUAAAUGGCGCGAUCAAGUCGGCGGCUGGCUUCUCCGCAGCCGUGAUGGAGAGGAUACACACAAAGCUCAAUUGUGACUACAGCGAGUGGUGUCUGAUGCAGGCGAUGAGGAAGGAGUGUCGCGAGUCAUUGGCCAUCCUCCUCGAGUUCUUUGCCGAUGACUUAUCGGAGUCACCAUCACUCAGACAAUGUGUGUACGAUGUAAUCGCCACAGGACAAUCAAUGGACAUCAUCAAGAUGGUACUCAAUCAUAUGUGCAAGGACGAUCCAAAGGUGUGCAAGUGGGCUGUUCGCCAUCCCUCGCCAGAAAUAUUCAAUCAAACAAUCAACAUGUUCACGAUGGAGCAGCUUAGACCAUGUCUCAUUGGCAUUGUCGAGGUAGCACUCACUAUGGACAAGCCUCAAGUGUUACAAAUACUACAACAACGGCUACUGGAUAAUAAUGAAGUUAUUGUGAUCAGACCCAACCUGGAAACAUUGAAGAUGGUUGUCGAUCGCAAUGCAUAUCAUUCAUUGGAGUACAUAUUCAACAAUUUGAUGGACUUUAACAUAACAUCCAAGUUACAAUGGUUGCGAAUGAUACACAGUAUCCUGGAUCUUGCCUUUGAACAAGGAGCAGUCCGUGCUAUCAACAUAUGCACUGAACGAAUCAAAUCACUACAAGCUGGAGCGGAAAACAACGACAGCCAGGUCAUCAAACUGACAAUGGAUCACAUUGCUGCUGAUCAAGUGAAGCCUGCGAGUCAAGAGUUGGAGACAGCAUUCCAUUUGGUGUUCAGGGACCAAAAGAUGGGCAUGAUGAUCAUGGGACAAAUUGGAGAGAUCUAUGCCUCAUUUGGCGAGGAGUACUCUGAUAGAUUGAUCAUGGGUGCCCGACUACUGGAGAAGGACUCUUUGAUUGAUUACAUUCGUUAUGGCGCCACUGAAUGGUUCCUCAAGGCCUACACACCAAUCUCCAUCUCAAGCACCUACCCCUACAACGAAGGAAUACUCGAGGAUGCAUUCUCCAAGUGUGACACACGAGUGCUCGACGUACUGCUGGCGAACCCCCAAAUGGUGAUCGAUAACACCAAGCUCACUGAUGAGUUUGUUACCAACGCAUCGUCUUGCAGCAACCCGAGAUGGCCGUUGAUCUUGGACCAAUACCUGUCGAUCAUUUGUCAUAAUGGUGCCCCGCUCAAGGUUGGUGGCCACCAGCUAGCAAAGAUCAAACAGCCAGCAUUCCUUCGUCGACUCUUGGAGAUUGGCGCCAAACUCACACCAGUCGAGCACAGCAACAUAUGCUUCCAAAACGUGUUGGAUGCAUGGCUCGACAAGCCAUGGGCGUUGGAGAUGAUGCAGUUGAUGCAGGAGCAUGCGCUACUCGCCGCGUGCCAUUCAUCAUUGUUCCUCUUGGCCAUUGAGCACGACAUCAUGCCGAUUGUCGAGUAUUAUAUUGCGAACCAGAUUACUCUUUUCGACCAUCUACCAUCAUCGCGUGACAUCAUCCAUCACUGCUGCCAGUAUGGGCGCUUGGAGAUAUUCAACCUGUUGCUGCAAUCAUACAUCCCCACUAUGGACUUUGAUCCCAACGAUAGUUGGAAACAAGAAUUUACCUCUGCCGCGAGGAAUGGACGUCUGGACAUGUUUGUAAGAAUGAAUGGACUGUUGUCUCCAUCGCCCUUGCACCGAACAUAUCAGUCGGCCGCACUGGAUGCAGCAUUGGAGCAUGGCAACAUGUCUGUGGUCGACUUCAUCCUCGAUGAGCUGGCCUCACUCCCACCGGUUGCCGACCCAGCGCAAUCAACCUACAUCUCGUACAUCCACUACAGUAUCCUUACACAGCGCCUGUUGGAGAGACUGAUGGCGCACCAGCACAUUGUGCUCAAGCUGGACAGGAUCACAAUGGAAUGCAUCCACAACGAUCGUAUUGACACGAUACUUGAUGGACAACCACUCACCCUGGACUACAGUGAUGAUGAUGUUGGCGCCAGUAUCCAACCACAAGCAGAUGACGAUGAUGCAUCAAAGGUAUGCACAUCAGUUGAGUUCACAAGACGUAUACGUAAUAAGAUCAAUCAGGGUGAUAUCGAGGCUUUGGACAAGCUGAUCGAGCAGGCCAAAGACACAAAGUUCGAUCUCGACGAUAUCAUACCGAUGGAGAUUUCCAACUUGUCGGUGCUCUCACAUCUGAUGGACACUCUGGACUAUCUCAACGUGGAUGACCAAUCCAAUGCAUUGGUUCGCUUGGUGGACUGGGCGUGCAGCAUGGGUCACCUGGACAUCGUUCGUCAUAUCCAUCAACAAUGCAAGACAACCAAACAACUUCAAAGACAUCUACCAUCCACUCAUUACAUAAUUGAUGCAGUCAGUAAUAACCAUCACAAGGUCAUCAGUUAUCUAUUCGAGUUGGACAAUGAUAACAUAUCUCCUCCAUUCAAAAGAGUUGUCUUGGACAAUGACUCAAAGAGUAUUAUACGAUUACUCAAUGCCAUGCGACACGCAGCCUGCUUUGAUGGACAUAUUAAGAUCAUCAACAUGUGUGACCGACUCUUGGGUUCACUUCAAACAAAGAGAUAG